UGCCUGUGAGUGUGUGUGUCGUUUCUCUCUCCUGUGUUAAGAACACAGCUGCCUGCCGUUCUCCGGCUGGCUGUCGCAGCUUCUCUGACUAGCUUUUCGCAGCCUCCUGCCUCUCCUCUUUCCGCUUAGCUCCUUGUCUUCUGAUACUAUUCCCAGUAUGGAGGUGAAUCACUCUGUACAGCUCUCAGGAGAACCCCAGUCAACACCUCCAGGGGACAGUUCAUCAUUACUGAGUCAAAAUGGCCUGGAGAAGCAAGAUGAUAAGGAUUCCUCAACCACACUCCAAACAACGGAGGAUAAGGCAGGUGUGCAGUCUGAACAGGGAGUUCAAGAUAUCUCUGAGGAACUAAAUCGACAACUGGAAGACAUCAUUAACACCUAUGGGUCUGCUACUGAAAAAGAGGGUCCCGCCAAGGCAAAGGAGCCACCUGAGAACAUAGAACCACUGGACAAUGAGGAUUUGGACGGUGAUGAGGCCACUGAAGAGAUGGAGAGAGAACACUUGUCUUCUGGAGAACCAACCACAACCAAAGAGCCUGUCAGCAAUAAAGAGCAAAAAUUGGAAAAGAAAAUCCUUAAAGGACUAGGCAAAGAAGCCAAUGUGUUGAUGCAAAAUCUGAACAAGCUGCAAACACCUGAAGAAAAAUUGGAUUUUUUAUUCAAGAAGUAUGCUGAAUUGCUGGACGAACACCGCACUGAGCAAAAGAAGUUAAAGCUCUUACAAAAGAAACAGGUACAAAUCCAAAAGGAAAAGGACCAGUUACAAAGUGAGCACAGCAGAGCUGUCCUCGCAAGGAGCAAACUGGAGAGUCUAUGCCGGGAGUUGCAGAGACACAACAAGACACUGAAGGAGGAAACACUUCAGCGGGCACGAGAGGAAGAAGAGAAAAGGAAGGAGAUCACAAGUCAUUUCCAGACCACUCUGACGGAUAUCCAGGCCCAGAUUGAACAGCAGAGUGAGAGAAAUAUGAAGCUGUGUCAGGAGAACACAGAGCUUGCAGAGAAACUGAAAAGCAUCAUUGAUCAGUAUGAGCUCAGAGAGGAGCAUCUGGACAAAAUAUUUAAACACAGAGAACUGCAGCAGAAGCUGGUGGAUGCGAAACUGGAACAGGCCCAAGAAAUGAUGAAGGAAGCCGAGGAGCGACACAAACGCGAGAAGGAAUAUUUGCUGAACCAGGCAGCAGAGUGGAAACUUCAGGCCAAAGUGCUGAAGGAACAAGAGACAGUCCUACAGGCUCAGCUUACCCUCUACUCUGGAAGAUUUGAAGAGUUCCAGAACACAUUAACAAAAAGCAAUGAAGUGUUUGCCACUUUCAAACAGGAAAUGGAUAAAACAACUAAGAAAAUGAAGAAGUUAGAGAAGGACACAGCCAUGUGGAAAUCCCGGUUUGAGAACUGCAACAAAGCUCUGCUGGACAUGAUUGAAGAGAAAGCACUGAGAGCUAAAGAAUAUGAGUGCUUCGUCACGAAAAUUGGGAGGCUGGAGAACCUCUGUCGAGCUUUACAAGAAGAGAGAAAUGAACUGUACAAGAAAAUUAGAGACGCAAAAAUGCCUGAAACGGAUGACCGAGGUCAGCACACCUCCGACGAAGAGCCCGAGUCCGCCGUGUCUGGGGGCGUGGGGGUUGAUACAAAGGAAGCCGAGAGCGUUCACAACGCUGUGAAAAACCUGGCCACAGCCUUCAUGGUCAUUCCCCACCCAGAGUCACCCCCUGACCUGGCCAGAGAAAGCCAACCGGAAUUCGGCAGUCCUCAAGGGGGUGCUGACUCGGCCCUGCGGGAGCCGGAACAGUCCCCUCGGAGCCCUUUAUGCCCUUCCCGGCCUCCCCCAACUCCUCCGGCAGAAGCCGAAGGAAGCCAUGCGGCAGAACUGCCCUCCAGGCCCGGGAAUCCCCCCGCGGGGUUGGGAGCACAGGCCCAAAACCCGGGUGUCCCUGCAGCAGCCCAGGCUGACCAGCCGCCCCAGAAGGCGGAGGCAGAAGCUCCCAGUCAGGCCCCGCAGUCCCCCUCCGAGGCUCCCCUCCCAGCGAUGGAGGCUAAGGGUUGGGCUCCACCAGCCAGGCCAGCUGAGCAGACUCCAGCUGGGGUGCCCGCCUGUGGGCCCAGGAGGCCGCCGCCCCCACCCCCACCGGAAGCAGCGGCAGAGGGGCUGCCCCCACCCCCACCGGAAGCAGCGGCAGAGGGGCUGCCCCCACCCCCACCGGAAGCAGCGGCAGAGGGGCUGCCCGAAGGUGCCGACACCAACCUGGAAGGAGUAGACUAAGCUUCGCUGUGCUUCCGAAGCUCUUCUUCCUGCCUGUACAUCGUCAUAACAGAUUGUCUUCUGAAAAGGCAUUAAGGGCUAGGUUUGUCUAAGGGAAGAGACUUAAUUAGAAUCAAGACAUUUUCAAAGGUUGUGCAGAGCACUCUUAGCCUGUGCUAUUUGUUCUCAAUUUAUAACCCAUUUGCAGCUUUUCCGUUUAACAUGGGUUGAUAGUAUAAUUUUCCCAAAUGGCAACAAAACAAAUAAAAAAUUCAUAUUAGUUCUCCAUUGAGAUGGUAUUUAUUUCAGUUUCUUAAUCAACAAUUAGAUUUGGUGUUUCAACACUUCACUACAAUAUAUAAAUAUAGAAAAAUGUGAUGUUUCAUUUUAUUUCCCUAUAUAGUUUUGAUAGGCUCCAUAGCAAGUAAUGGAUACCCAGGUUCCAUUUAAGUAUCUACCUAAUAUAUGCAUACAUAUGGCUGUGUCUGAAUGUAUAUACAUAUAUGUGUAUGUUUCAGAGUAUAUACAUAUGUGUGUGAAUAUAUACAUAUAUGAGUUUAUGUGCCUAUAUAUACAUGUGUGUAUUUUAUAUUAUAUAUACACAUAUAUUUUUAUAUAUACAUAUAUACAUACAAAUAUAUACACAUAUACACAUAUACACAUACACACACACACACAUAUAUAUAUUACACAUACAUUUCAUCCCUUUUUGGAGUUCUGUCAGGUAAAAUAUUUAGAUGGUAAUCAAAAAAAUCAUCUAUUUGCUUGGGGUGAGAGUAGACUAAUGCUCUGUGAAUCAGAAGUAGGUUGAGAAUGCAAGUAUUUAGGCCACAUAAUGUUGGGCUAAAACAAGUAACCGAAUGGUAGAUCAAUAAAUCCAACCAAUUGGCCAAUUGGUCAAAUGUCCAAACAGCACUCUGCACACAUUGUGAGUGUGCAGAACACAUAGACACAAAGUUGUCACAAGAGGUUGUAAGCAGAAAAGGAGAACAGUCACAGCUAUAGACCACUCACCUCUUCCAGAUGCCUCUCAGACACAACUCCGCAUAUUGCCUUGCUACCCCAUGUAGUGAGGCAGGGACUCGUGGCUACCUGCAUGGAAAGGACUGGAAGUGAGUUGUGAUCCAGGGCAUGGAGGGACUGAGGGUCCUCAGACUGACAGAAGGCUAUGCUCUUACUCCUGCCUCCUGUGCUAUAGGAGUCUUGAGAAAUAAUGUUCACCUACCCCUACCAGGUCCCUAGCUCCCUCACUGCCAUCUACUGCUCUCUUUCCAGAGGGUUUCCCACCACUUCUUGCCAUCAUGGCUUUCAUGUAUAUUCUCAAAGCACCUGCACAUUUUUUCCAACUUCUUCCCACCCCAGACUUUACAGGAAGUUUUACCCAGCCUUCAUCUCAAUUAUUGCUAACUAAAAGCUAUUAUUUUUCCAAAACAGAAGUUCACACACGAUCUUAAUAUGAGUGAUGAAGCAUACAAACCAACACAUUAUCUGCUUUUUGGAAUUCUCUACAAAGAACAAAUGGGUCCCUACUCAAAAUGGUUUGAAAAAUACGUAAGGACUCAGAAGAAGGCAAAAGCUAGAGACACCUGGGGUUGUCUACAUGAGUAUUACAUUACCCUUGCUGGACAAGAACCUCUAAUACCGCUGAUGGCAUAAGUUACUCAACCUAGGGUAGAGGGAGACUGGAAUAGUGAAACUGGAAGCAAGGGAGAACAGGAGGGCAAAGAAGAGAAGAAGGGGAAGAGGAGGGAGAAGAUAAAAAAAAAAGUCUAACCCAGCCCUACCUUAAAAGUUGAAUUCAAAUAGAAAAAUGGAUGAAGGCAAGAUUCUCUACUCUUCCUCCGGAAAUCCAUUCUUUAGUGUCACGGGGGCUUUCUGCCAGGGGACACAAAGCAUGUAGGCAGCAACCAGAUGCUCCAAAUAUUGUAAACUGCAUAUAACUUGUUUGAAGGAGACAGUGAGGGUAAGAACAAAAUGCUAAUCAGGAAAAAAAAAGUAUAUCACUGUUUGAGAAAACACAUAUUUUUAUUUAUUUUUUUUCCAUGGAUUUUUAAAGGCUUGAAAUACUAUAACCACAGAUGAUCCAGCCAAAUUCAACAUCACUGGAAAUCUUAGAGAUUUAAACAUUCAUUUCUUUCACAGCCAAAUGCUCACCGUAACAAUCCAGGAGGGUCUCCUUUCCCACUAUUUACAGAAGCUAAACGUCCAAGAACAGAGUAAGAUUAGAUAAUCAUAGUAAAGUCUCAGUCUGAAUGCUUUGCACAAGAAACAGGAGCCAAAAUCCAGUAAAUCAAAUAUUCUAAUAUUUGAAGUUCUUUUUUUUUUUUUUUUCCAUCCAAAAAUCUUUCACAGCAACACAUUACUUAAUACUGUGUAUAUCUUGGGUCGAGUUUCAAUGCAAUACCUUGCCUAAAAUUUGCAAAGCUUAAUAUAGGCUCUGGAAGGAUUAUUUUAAUAUUCAAAGACUGUUUUAUUAUAGUCCUUUGUAUUAAAAUUCGGCCUUAUGAAUUAUAACAAUAACUCAUAAGAUCUGAAAGAAUAAGGAACUUCUAUUCUUUAUCAAGUUCAUGUAACUACUUCUAGAGAUGCCAAAUCUACUUUUCAGAAACACCAGUAUUGUUUGUGUUUUCUAAAUUAAAAAAAUGUAAUUUAUGUACCUAUUAAAGUUACUUCUCUUCCCAAAUGCCUACUUUUGUUACUUCCAUGGGUCAAUAAUACCUAAGAAAGAGUCUGGCUUUAUUUUGUUGGUGGUGACAUUUUUGGUCUCUGAGUAGAACAUAAAUAUAAUGAACACUUUGAUCAUCUUGUGGAGUGUGUGUGUGUGUGUGUGUGUGUGUGUGUGCGCGCGCGCGCGCACAGGCACGCACAGUGAGAGAAAGAGAAGGAGGGAAAGAAGAGACAGAGAACAUGACUGCCCAGAACUAAUGAGAGAGCAAAACCCCAACUCCUCUGCCUGGCCCUCAGCUGCCAGCAGUGAUCACGUGGCCUGUGUUCCUCUUCAGUGCCCGUCUCCAGUGAGACUGUUUCCAGGGGUUUCCCUGCCAUGUGAGCUCUCAGAAACACUCUGAGGAGUAAGGGAACAGGUGUGGAAAGUGUCAGCUCAUUUUACUUCUACCUG